GAAAAAUUGUUAGAAAAAAAGAAAAUCUAUUGUCCUUGUUAUUCAGGAGAAUACUUGUCUACGACGAGGUCCACAGUAACUCCGAAGACAUCUAGAGUCUAGAGUGAUCUAGUGAAUCUAUAAAGCCGCCAAAUCGUUAAAUCUUUCCUUUUAAACAUUUUUGAUUUCUUUUACGUUUGCGUUACGAAUCAUCUUCUGCCUCUCUCUCAACGCAACUCAAUCCACCCUACACGUGUUCCUCUCUUUUCCCGUCUAAAUUUCUCAGUCUCGCCGUGAAUUUUGUUCUUCUCUUGUUUUCCGGGCGAAUCAAAAUCCGUCUCAUUUCCAAUCGCGUCUCCGUUGGUAUUUUACAUGAACGUUUAGCGGAAUCUCGGGUUUAGCUUCGGAGCUUUGCAUUUGAUCUUCGUCGUCUGUGUUGUCCUCUCUCGGAUUUUGUUUUUUCGCCGCUGCAAAUCAGAGAAAUCUAUUCCUGGAAGUGAUAAGAUCGCUUGGAAGCGUUUCAGGGAGUUGUUGGAAUGGAGGGUCCGGAAAGAUGAGAGAUUUUGAAUACGCAGUUAUUCUUUGAUUUCUUAAUAGAUUUUACACGUCAUUGGUGAAGAAAAAGGGAAAAAGAAAGAUGACAAUGUUCGCCUCUUUAACCUCUAAAAUGCUAUCGGUGUCAACUUCUGAUCACGCAUCUGUCGUUUCACUUAAUCUCUUUGUUGCCCUUCUAUGUGCUUGUAUCGUCAUUGGCCAUCUUUUGGAGGAGAAUCGAUGGAUGAACGAAUCCAUCACUGCUUUAUUGAUUGGGCUUGGCACUGGUGUCGUCAUAUUGUUGAUUAGUAGAGGGAAAAACUCACAUCUCUUGGUCUUUAGUGAAGAUCUCUUCUUUAUAUAUCUUUUGCCACCCAUAAUAUUCAAUGCAGGGUUUCAAGUAAAAAAGAAGCAGUUUUUCCGAAAUUUUGUAACUAUUAUGGCUUUUGGCGCCAUUGGGACCGUAGUUUCUUGCACCAUAAUAUCUCUAGGUGCAAUUCAGUUCUUUAAGAAAUUAGACAUUGGGACCUUUGACUUGGGCGAUUUUCUUGCAAUCGGCGCCAUAUUUGCUGCAACCGACUCUGUAUGCACACUACAGGUUCUCAAUCAAGAUGAGACACCUUUGCUUUACAGUCUUGUAUUUGGAGAGGGCGUUGUGAAUGAUGCCACAUCUGUUGUGCUCUUCAAUGCUAUUCAGAGUUUUGACCUCACCCACCUUAACCAUGAAGCAGCUUUUCAAUUUCUUGGGAACUUUUUUUAUCUGUUUCUCUUGAGCACCGGACUUGGUGUCGCAACUGGUCUGAUAAGUGCUUAUGUCAUCAAGAAACUGUAUUUUGGAAGGCACUCGACUGAUCGAGAAGUUGCCCUCAUGAUGCUUAUGGCUUAUCUUUCAUAUAUGCUUGCUGAGCUAUUCGCCUUGAGUGGUAUCCUAACUGUAUUUUUCUGUGGGAUUGUGAUGUCCCAUUACACUUGGCACAAUGUCACCGAGAGCUCAAGAAUUACUACCAAGCAUGCCUUUGCUACUUUGUCGUUUCUCGCUGAGACUUUUAUUUUCCUCUACGUUGGAAUGGAUGCAUUGGACAUAGAGAAAUGGAGAUUCGUGAGUGACAGCCCGGGGACAUCAGUUGCAGUGAGCUCAAUUCUAAUGGGUCUAGUCAUGCUUGGAAGAGCAGCUUUUGUCUUUCCUCUUUCCUUCUUAUCAAACUUAGCCAAGAAGCAUCAGAGCGAGAAAAUCAGCAUCAAGCAGCAAGUUGUGAUCUGGUGGGCUGGUCUAAUGAGAGGUGCUGUAUCUAUGGCUCUUGCCUACAAUAAGUUUACAAGAUCAGGGCACACAGAAUUGCGCGGGAAUGCAAUCAUGAUUACCAGUACAAUAACCGUCUGUCUUUUUAGCACCAUGGUAAGAUAUCUCCCUCUCAGGUUUGGACUACUAAAUGUAUUUUCUCUACAGAGAUGUUGUCAAUGAGGAUAAACCAAUGCUGAGCCGUGAGACGGAUUUGCAUUUUCUAUAUCCGGAAAACUGUUCCCUCCUAUUUGAUUUGUUAUUCCAAUGUUUUCUGGAUCGCUAACACUGAACCCUGAUACCGGACAUUUAACAUAUGUUUUUUUUUUUCCACGGCUUUCAGGUGUUUGGUAUGCUAACCAAACCACUGAUUAGAUACCUAAUGCCACACCAAAAAGCGACCACCAGUACCACGAGUAUGUUAUCGGACGAUAGCACUCCGAAAUCAAUCCACAUUCCGCUCCUCGAUGGUGAACAGCUAGAUUCAUUUGAGUUACCUGGGAGCCACCAGGACGUGCCACGACCAAACAGCCUUCGAGGUUUCCUCAUGCGCCCCACACGGACUGUCCACUAUUACUGGAGACAGUUUGAUGAUGCCUUCAUGCGUCCUGUGUUUGGUGGUCGCGGAUUCGUUCCCUUUGUCCCUGGUUCUCCGACUGAGAGAAGCAGCCAUGAUCUUAGUAAACCUUGAGGAGAAAGAUAUAUAGAAACUUAACCAAAAAACUUCUUCUUGCUCUUCCCUCUUAUGGUGACUAGUAUUGGUGAUGUAAAUGUAUUUUUCGUUCUUCAAAUUUACAUAUUCUUCUGUAAAUUUGUUAUUAUUCGAUGAUGAAGAAGCUUCUUACGUUUUUGAGAGACGUGUGGGGGUUCAUGUGUGUUACUAUUAGUCUUUGUUUUGUUUAACAAAAAAACUACCAAGUUUUUGACUAUGCAUCAUGGGGUUUGUUGUUGUUGGUCAGAACUUAGAACUUGACUAACUCUGCUUCGGUUAGGAUCUGAUUGGUA